AAUUUUUGCAAUAAUCCAUUGAUUAUUCAUUUGAUCGAUUUGAUUGAUUUUAUCUGUAAAUGUUGGAUCGCAUGCCUAUAGUAAUGCUAUUAUCUCGCUGCAGACUCGGCCAUAAAUCAUUCGAAUGUGUUCGAAUGUUUUGCUCUCCCACUCACGGGCCCUGUGGCAGGGCUCCUGUGCGUUAUUGCAGAAUGCAGUCGUAUUAUUUAAAACAUUUUAUUGUGACUCUCUUGUAAUCUAAAAUAGUAAUGGUCUAAUUUAUUUUUGUAGCGAUUUAUAUACUUAAUAGCACAGCACAACAAAAAUCGUUAUACUAAAUAGGCUAAUGGCCGAUUCUGCAGCGAGAUAAUAACACGACUAUAGUGCAUUUUAAAACUUAUCAUUUUACUUUCGAGUUCACUUUAAAAAAUCCAUGAGCAGUAUAACUGGUCCGCAUGGCUCUCAGCAACCUAUACCAGGACCAUCUGGGUCAACUUGCGAAAAUGUGAAGAAAGAGAAAGAUUUCUGCCGGGACUUUAUAUGGGGGCAGUGUAACAAGGGUGCACAGUGCAAGUACCGCCACGAGCUUGUGUUCGAGGUUAUGAAAAAGACUUUAAAGUUCUGUCGCGACUUUCAAAAUACGGCUGGAUGUUCUCGCGAACUGUGUACAUAUCUGCACGCCACUAAGGAGGAGCAGACUUUGUUCAAAUCUAACGGGCAACUGCCGCGGAUUUUAGCCGAGCGUCACGCCAACAUGUCUGCAGCCGCUGCUGAGACUAACCCCCAGAUUGCAAUAUACAUACAAGAGAUUUACGCGGGCCCACCUCCGCCGCCACCGCCACCACCUUUGCCAGCUGUGUCUGCGCCGGCUAGUGUUGCCCCCGCUGCAGCGUUCCCGCGACCGCCCGUCGUGUCGGUUGCGCCAAUGUCCCCGCGUCCAUUGAUGCCUAUUGGACAACUACCGCCGCCGCCGCCACCGCCGGUGCCGCCGCCGCCGCCGCCGCCACCGACGGUUUCAACUACUGCUGUUCAACAGCAGGCGCCUGUAUUUACAGCACCCCUACUUCCAGCAGCAUUUCCUAUGGCUCCUCAAUCACCUCCACCUGUGAUACCCCUAUAUGAUGCCAGUAUCCCACCUCCACCUUUAAUGCCACUGCAACUACAAGGUGCACUAAGAAAAAGGAAAGCCUCCAUUGGAAAUGUUAUUGCACGGCCAGGCAAAGUUAAGAAGAGAGAGGAGGCUACAUUGGCAGACGCGCUUUGUGAGAGAUGUGUGCAAUGGGAGUUAAGGAUUGAUUCAAUUAGAAAAAAGUUGUAUGCCAUUUAUGAAGAAGAAGAAUAUGAAAGUUUAAUGUACAAAAAGAAGCUUGAGGAGUACGAGAACAUGAAAAAAGUAUUGCAAUCCUUGAUCACCAAAAAAUUAUUGCAAAAAUUCGUUGAUAAAAAUACAGAGAGAGCAUCUAAAAAACAAUCCAAUAAUAUAUUCAACAAAGCACCGUUAACGACCGGUGUUUCGACCGUUUCAAAUCAAUUUUUAGAACAACUUAUGGAAUACGUAAUGGACGACGCAAAGAGUGUUAAUUCGGCUCCAUCUCAGCCAUUCAGCUCCGAUGAAUCACUUCUGCAAGCUUUAUCUUCGUUGCCUAGAAACACGAAUCUGGUCAACAUUACAUAUAAUAAUAAUAGUUAUACUAAUAACGCACCUCCUGAGGUAUUGCAGUCGCUUAUGGAUAUUGGCCGACAAAUUAACUCUGACAAAUCGCCGCCUUCUGAAGUAAACGUGGAUGCAAACGAAAACGCCGGCACAAGAAAUAGCACCAUAACUAGUUCCCAGCAAUAUUCGAGCAUACAAGAUAUACUCGUGAAUUCGAGCAGAGCACCCUCAACUGUGCCAGGGGAUGCGACGUCUCCGGUUUUCGUGACGCCUAAUGAGCCGCCACCUUACCAGCCUUAUCAGCCUAUGUCGCCUUCAUGGAUGAACUACCCGCCACCCUUUGCCGGAUCUUCAACGGGUAUGCAAAUGGGUCAAGACGCGUUCCAGUUGCAAUGCCGCCGGCGCUACCACCGCCCGUACAUCAGCCCAACCACUACGCGAUGGGACGGUACCCGCCGCCCUGCUACCCCAGGCAUCAGAAGCACUGCGGCUAACAGAGCUGCUGAUCGUCGUCUAAAUCAUAACUUUUAAGUUGUCAAGGUGGUAUGAAUUUCAAAAUGUAUUAAUGUGAAAGUAGUUUAUUUCUCAAAUAGUUAUUAAGGCUGAUGAGUUUAGUCCUUCAAUAACAUUGGAUAGAAGCAUUUAACCUUAACCUGUUUAAAAAGCUGUUAUGCAAUGUGUAUUAAGAUUUUCAACCACAGAAUGUACAGAUUUUACCUGUGAGAAGAUUCAAACCAGCUUUUAAGAAAUGGCUCUUAAAAAAAAUAAUUUUAUUCAGUCAAGGCAUUUUUAGUGCACAAAAUAUUUGACUAGUUUUAUACAGGUGUCCCGUAAUUCAACGUCAAGCUAAAGACUGGAAUAAAAUGCUCAGAUCACAAAAAAACAGAGACCUAAAUUUUUUAAUUUUCUUUUUUCUGGGUAGUCAUAAACACACCUACCUCCAGUCUUUAGCUUGACGUUGAAUUACGGGACACCCUGUAUACUUAAUUACCUAAACUGACAUUAUACUUAUAUUAUGCUUUUUAAUUUAUCUCAAUAUUUCGACGUGAACAACACAUACGUGAAACAUAAAUGAUAACAUCUAUAUAUAUAUAAAUGUUUAGUACCUACCAUA